ACUACGCUGUUUUAUUAAUGAAACUGAUCUAAUUCUUUUUGCUACACAUAUACUCUUGCUUUUUUUGAACUAGCCGCUUUUUCGCCGCUUUUUUUGAAUAUUGUAUCGCUCUUUACAGAUGAGAAAUUCUGUGAAUUGUGCUCUCCUAUGACUGUUCUUAGAUUCUAUUCAUUUUCUUCUGUGUGUAUUGACAAACCCAAAUCUAAUCCAUUGAUUCAGUUUAUCGACUUUUACAAUUUCAAAUUUGUAUGAAAAGCCAACUUACGAGUACGAAGGGCAUUCGCUCCAGAAAUAUAUGCAAUGGAGGAUAACCGAGCAUCUCCUCCGAAUACUGUUUUAAAGGAUAUGGUUGUUAAACAAAAUGAUUCAAACAGGGUUCCUCCACAUGCCUCAAAUGAGAACUCAUUGUCAACAUCACAACCUUUACCGUUGCCGGUGCCAAAAAGAAAAAGAGGCCGACCAAGGAAACAAGCGAAUUCUGUCCCUCAAGGGAAUCCUUCCAAUGUGAAAGUUGCUGAACUCAAUGAGCCGGUGAAAAGGAAACGAGGACGCCCUCGUAAAAAUCCCCUCAUACCAAAUGCUGCAACCAGUAGCAUCCAUAGUGCAACAGUCAUGAAUCCGGAACCAUCGACUGUAGUCAACAAUAGUUCGGAAGUAUCAGCUUCUGUUUCAACAGACGCCAUGGAGCGUGCCUUUUUAAAACGGAGAAAAGGCCGCCCUAGCAAACAAGAUAUGUUAGUGAGAAAAAUUCUUUCUCUUGCAGCUGACUCCUUGGUAAAUAAUACUGAUCCUAAUUAUUCGGAUUUAUACUUGACAGAGAAAGCGCCGCACGCAUCAAAGAAAAAAGACGCAUUACCUAAGGAUGUACCGUCUUUAGAUGAUUCGAACACAUUAGGCAUUGAUGAUAAGAGUAUUACCUCCCAAGCUUGCGCAGUUCCUGCAUUGGGAUCCGAAAUGAACAACAGCUCUUCCAAAAUGGCAUCAAGUAAGCCCCAAAGACGACGGAGGAAGCACUCAAACUUUCUUUCUCCUUUUUCUUCUAUUUUAUCUACAAAGGCUCCCUCAACGUCUACUUCCCCUUUUCAUUUUUCUUUCCCUCAAUUACCUGAAAGAAAACGGGGAAGAAGAAGUCGUGAAGAGCAACUUCUUCGAAAUUUUGGAUUUGUAACCAGGUUUGAUUUAGCACAUAUCAAAAGUGGGACUUUUUUUGACACGGUGUUAAUUUCAAAUUCGAAAGAAACCAAGGAUUGCCGAUUAUCAGAUGACUCUGCGGGUCCAUGUAACAAUCAAACACCUUCAACUUCUAUUACUUCCGCAGUACGAUCUCAAAAUACAUCCAGUACCACUGCACCUGACAGUAGGCGUUCUUUUGAAGAAGAAUAUGAUUCAUUUGACGAUUCACAAAUUAAUCUUGACGUUUUGGAAAGAAUUGAACAAGAUGUACAUCUUAAGGAACACAAAAAUUCAACUAAUGGCCACAAUUCUCGCCCGAACCCCAUCCUCCAUGACGCUUCUUCUGAAUCCCCUCCACCGCUUAGUUCCCAACCGUAUAACUUUCCUGAGUGUUUAUCCUCUGAAUCACCGAAAUCUCCUGUACUGAGCGCUUCUCCGUCCUUUUACACUCGUUCCAACAAUAGUGCUACUUCUCCUACUUCCGCUAACGAUGCUCAUGAAGAACAAUUACCAUUUUCCUCUCCCCUCAAAUCCUCCACUGUCUCAAACCAAAUUACAGAUGGGCGAGUUUUAGCCUCUUCGCCCAUAAUGGAGACAUUCCGUAUUCAUCAUGCCGACAGUGCACGUCCCACUCCAUCAAACAGCACGUAUCAUUCUGGCAAAUUGAAUAGUCCUUCGUUUUCCGCUACUACAGAUGAAGUUUCAAAAACGGAACCUGCGGCCAAACUUAUUAAUUGUAUGAGCGGUUUACGUUCCAUUCGAAACAAAAAACUUUCUAAGAGGUCACUCACCAAACCAUUCAAAAGUCCGCUAUUGAGCUCAAACAAGUUUCUUCAUCAGAGACGAAAGGAAAACAAUUUCUUGCGCGUGACUCAACGAAACGAUCCACUGAUACAAAAAGAAGCAGAACUGGAGAGAGAUAUAGCAGAACUCAAUCAUAAAUUAGAAACUGUUCGUAUGGCUUUGAAGGCUGAAGCUGGUGGACUCGAUACAAACUCCAUUGCUUCAAAGAUUCAAUGCUGGCGUAACGCAGCUCGCCUCGCAAUUGAAGUUUUGUUUCCCGUCUUUUCUCUACGCUUUAGUACUAUGAUGCAGGAGGUUCCGGUGUCUGUUAUUCCUAACGUUGUGGAUGAACUUCGCGAGAAACCUUGCACUAUAGGUACAUUUUUGCGUCAGUUAGAUAUUCCAUUUCAUCUUGUUGGAUACAACUCUGAGAGCAACUGUUGGGAUGACUAGUUGGCAUCUAUGGAUAAUGUGGUUUAAUUUGUUUUUACUCUUCUUCUUCGUACAGGUUCAACAACUGCCCCUAUUGCCUCAAUUUUAAGUCUUAUGCCUACAAUUUUUUCAACAAGGAAACUACUACGUUUUUUCCUUUCCACGCUCUAACGUCUUUGCAAUUCUACUUUUAGUUAACGUUUAGUUUGUUUUUUUUUUUUCUCUUUUUUGUAUGAACAAUGAAUAGAAUGACUUAUGAAAGAUAAUAAUACCAACCGUAGCGUAAACCCAAUAGACAACGUAUACCGCCACUUUUGUGAUGCAUUUUAUACUCUCUACCAUGUUCUAUGGGCGGGACUUGGGUAUAUUUCGGGUUUCAGA